AUGCUGAUCAACUGCAUUCUACUUUUCCUGCCCUGCCUCGCCUUGGCCGCUCCGAAACCCCCUGUCGUGGCUCUUGAGGCUCGGCAAGCUCCAGCUUCGUCAUACUGGCUCUCCCAAAUCCAACGCCAAGGAACUGCGGCAUUCGGUUCUAACUCUGCAGGCUACAAGGUUUUCCGCAAUGUCAAAGACUAUGGAGCAAUUGGUGAUGGCGUAACCGAUGAUACCGUUGCUAUCAACAAUGCUGUUGCAGAUGGUACUCGAUGUGCUUUCAACUGUGACAGUUCCACCACUGUUCCGGCAAUAGUCUACUUUCCCCCCGGCAAAUACGCCGUUUCGGCCCCCAUCAUUCAAUACUACUAUACUCAAUUCGUUGGUGAUGCUCUCAAUAUUCCCACUUUGCUCGCUCUUCCAUCUUUUGAAGGUCUCGCUGUCGUCGACACCGAUCCUUAUAUUCCUGGAGCAAAUGGAGCACAGUGGUACACCAACCAGAACAACUUUUAUCGCCAAAUGCGAAACUUCAUCGUUGACAUCACCCAGAUGCCUGAGGACAAGGGCGCUGGUGUCCACUGGCAGGUUGCACAGGCUACUAGCUUGCAGAACAUCGUCUUCAACAUGCGCCCUAAGAGCCCCACCAACCAACAACAGGGUAUUUUUAUGGACAAUGGCUCUGGAGGCAUCAUGACUGAUCUCGUAUUCAACGGGGGCAAAUAUGGCGCCUUUCUGGGAAACCAACAAUUCACCACCAGAAACAUGACUUUCAACGGAUGCAACACCGCCAUCUUUAUCAACUGGGUCUGGGUUUGGACCUUUAAGUCAUUGAAUAUCAAUCAGUGUGAUAUCGGCAUCGAUAUGUCCAACCUGGCCAACUCCACCAACCAGACUGUCGGCUCCGUAUUGAUCUUUGACAGUAUCAUGAGAAAUACCGGAAUAGGUGUCAAGACUUCCUACAACGCCACCAGCCGUCCUGACACUGGCGGCACCUUGCUUAUGCACAACGUCGACUUCCGCACUACCCAGAUCGGUGUCGUUGGUGCCAACGGUGUCGAUCAAAUCCUCCCUGGCUUGGCACUCGUCGAUGCCUGGGGCCAGGGUGAUCUGUAUCUGUCUGAGCAAUCCACCAAUGGCACUCAACCAGUCAAGCGAGCACCACAAGCAGUAUCAUCAGAUGAUUCGAAACCAUGCACGACAUUCACAACCUCUACAUUGGUCUUUACCUCAACUGUCACGGCCAAGCCUGCGGUUGCAACUGCUCUCACCACUGUCACUGUGUCUCCUUUACCCAGCACCGCCAACGCCAAUGGUUCAUCAGCAACAUCUUCCAGCUCAACCCUUUCGAGGAAUAGAACUGACACCGCUGCUGCCACCUCGAUUCCCAGCACUUGCGCGGUUGGUGCACCUCCCUUUACCGAGGCUCGAGUGCAACAGAAGUUGCUCGCACCUUCUCUUCCACCUUCUCUGAUUGGGACUUCGGGUGUGUUUGCUCGAUCCAAACCUCAAUAUGAAGAUGUUCCAGUCUCGUCCUUUAUCAGUGUCAAGUCCGCUGGGGCUGUGGGUGAUGGAGUUACUGAUGACACACUGGCCAUCCAGAACAUUUUCAACAACGCUCGCCCUGAUCAGAUUGUUCAUUUCGAUCACGGAGCAUACGUGAUCACCCAGACGGUAGAAGUACCGUCAACGAUUCGAAUCACUGGUGAAAUUUGGCCACUAGUCAUGGCGAAAGGAGCAUUCUUCAGUGACAGCAAAAACCCUCAACCCGUUUUCCGCGUCGGGCAAACUGGAGAUACUGGAUCUGUUGAGAUCUCAGAUUUGAUAUUCGAGACCAUAGGUGCUUUACCGGGUGCGAUCAUGAUGGAGUGGAACGUGGCACAGAUCAGUCAAGGAUCGUGUGCCAUGUGGGAUGUGCACUUCCGCAUCGGAGGGUCUGCUGGCACUCAACUCCAACAAGAUACUUGCCUCGCCAAAGUUGCCGGGUCAUCUGUCUUCAAGCCCGAGUGCGCCGGAUCAUUUCUCAUGAUGCACAUCACUCAACAAGCUACGGCUUAUCUCGAGAAUGUAUGGUUUUGGGUCGCUGAUCACGAACUUGAUCUUCCUAUGCACAAUCAGACCAACAUCUACAAUGGACGUGGAUUGUUAGUGGAAAGCCAGGGCCCUGUGUGGCUCUGGGGAACUUCAUCGGAGCAUCACCAACUCUACAAUUACCAGUUCAACAAUGCUCGAGACAUAUUCAUGGGGGCGAUUCAGACCGAGACAGCAUAUAUGCAAUCGGCUCCUAACGCACUGGAUGGCGGCUUUCCUCCCAUUGCAAGCUUAGGAGAUCCCAUGUUUGAUGACUGCACUAACGAUGCAUGUAAGAAGACCUGGGGACUUCGGAUCGUCAAUUCGCGAGAUGUGUACAUGUACGGUGGAGGGUUGUACAGCUUUUUUGACAACUACGAUCAAGACUGUCUCGAGACCAACUCUUGUCAGGAAAACAUGGUGGACAUUCGCUGCUCGGAUAAAAUCCACUUGUAUGGAUUGACCACCAAGGCAUCGACAAACAUGGUAAACGUAAACGGACAGCCAGUUGCACUGCAGUCGGAUCACACCAACAUGUUUGGACAGACGCUGUUGUCUUUUGAACUCUGA